GACGGGCGCGGAGCGCAGUUCCGCACCGCGCUCGGGGGGAGCGGGCCCUCCCGGCCGGCUGUACCCCCCCCCCCCGUUCCCCCCCCCCCCUCCGCCCAUGGAGGCUUUCCCCGGCAGCAAGCUGGAGCAGCACCGGCACCUCCCGCCCGUGGAGUGCCUGCCGGGCGCCCGCUGCGGCGGCCGGAGUCACAGCGCCUGCGGGAACGUCUUCAACUCCUGGAACGACUACCUGGGGCUGGCCACGCUCAUCACCAAGGCGGUGCGCCCCGGGAAGGGCUUCGGCGCCGAGCCCCCCUCGGUGGUGGUGGCGGCGGCCGAGGAGGAGGAGGAAGAGGAGGAGGAGGAGGAGGAAGAGGCGGCGGGGCCGUACUUCGAGGGCGCGCUGGACUUGCACGACCUGGACCUGUGCGGGCAUCACCAUCAUCACCACCACCACCACCACAGCGAGGUGCUGGAGGAGCGCUUCGCCGACUUCAGCCCCUUCCCCGGGCGCGGCGGUCCCGCCGCCGUGGUCUUGGAUUGCUCGGGGGAGCACCCGGGCCGGGAGGGCUCUCCCCACGCGUGGGGCGGCGUGGUGGUGGCGGGGCGGCUGCCCACCCACCCGCGGGCCGCCUCCCGCCUCCUCAAACCCGAGCUGCAGGUCUGCGUUUUCUGCCGGAACAACAAGGAGGCCGUGGCCCUCUACACCACCCACAUCCUCAAGGGACCCGACGGCCGCGUCCUCUGCCCGGUGCUGCGGCGCUACACCUGCCCCCUCUGCGGCGCCAGCGGCGACAAUGCCCACACCAUCAAAUACUGUCCCCUCUCCAAAAUGCAGGCGGCCAAACAGCUCAAACACGCCCGGACCUCCCUGGGGAAGAAGGGCCGUUAGACGCCGGGACCCCGGGGGGGCGGCCCUGGCCUCCUCCAGGCUGGUUCCUUUGGGGUUUUCUUGUUUUGGUGUUUUUUUGUGUUGGUUUUUUUUUUUUUUUUUUUUUUGAUUUGGGU